AUACGGUGUUUUUUCAACUGUUCUGUCGUCUUACAAGCUGUCAACUUAUCAAACGAGAUAAUGAAGAAGACAACCAACUUCUUUCCCGGAAAGACUAUGGUGUCUUUCAGGAAGGGUCCAUCAGGUCAUCUGCGGCAGGAUCCCUCUGACGAGGCCAUGCGGAUCAAAAAGAACCCUUCUCUUCAGGACAAGUCUCCCCCUCAGAGACAUGACCUUGUGAAGACCAAUGCUCUCACUGUGGUCUUUGAGCGGGGAGGGGAUGUGUCUGACCGACUGGAGGUGAUGGGGGAGUAUGUGCUGCAGUUUGGCAAGUACAAGGGUAAAUUGUUUAGGUGGCUCCUGGAAAAUGAUGUUGGCUACACCAUCUACCUGAUGAAAAAGGUAGAGGAGGAGGAGAGAGAUGGGACCUUCAACCCUCAGGGACACAACAAGGACAGCCUGCUGUCAUUUCUGGACUAUGCCAGGAGCUUCCAGGAAAUUAGGGACCUCAGGGAGUAUCUAGCUUCCAGGCUGCCUGCGCCACCAGUGGCAUCAGAGGGUGACAAUACUGUCGGCUUUGGAGCCAGGGCAAAGGACACCUGGAGGCAGAUCUGGGAGAGCAGGGCAGACGGAUAUGCUGCCUUCAUCGUAGGAGUAAAGUGCAUCAAAAACAGCAAGAUGUACAACCUGCAGCAGUACAUCCUCAAGCAGCAGAGGGCUGAGUCUGGGGAGUCCUGUCCACCACCUGCAGGAGUCUCCACUACAUCAGCUGCCCCUACACCGCCUACAUCUAGCAUUCUAGCGAUGGAGGAAGACGAGGAGUUGGAGAGGGGGAUGCUGAAUCUGUCUCCCUGUAAAUUUGCCACUGAACUAAGACCAGCAGCAGUCUCCAGAGCCCCGGCUGUGUCUCCACCAACAGCACACAGGACGGAGCCAACAGCGACUGUUUCCAGACCUGCCGAGCCUGAUGACUCCUCUGGGAUUGUUGCUUCUGUGAAAGCCACGACAAAGGCCCCGCUGCCGGUCCCUCCUCAGCUGCUCGCCCUCGCCCCACAGCUUGGGGUAGAAGAACAGGCGCCUAAUGUGUUGAGACAAAAGCCUGGGAUAACAUCAGCUCCAUUUCUUCCUGAAGAGUUACCAUCAGUGGAAGCACAGAGAGACACUGUCCCUGAUGAAGCUCUGCCAAGUCCAGCACCAUCUGUCCCUUUAGAUGUGCCACACCAGCCUGCAGCCUCUGUCCCUGGCUAUGCUCAGGAUGUAGCGCAGUGGAACUGCUCCCACCAGCAGAAAAUUUGGAUGAAGACUGAGCUGGAGGCGUUGGGGCUGUGGCCGGGGUCACGUCCUGUUCGUCAUCCUAUGAACAUGCUGUCCUUGUGGCGUAAUCCACCUCAGCCUGAGCUCAUAGACUCAAUCUCUGAGCUGCCAUCACCUAAAUACUGUCAGCUUCAUCCUUUUUCAUUUGGAAGCCGGAGCACACAAUCAUGGAGAGGGUAAGGAACAAUUACAUCUUGCCCUGCCUUCAUGAUUGUCCCAACCCUCAGGUAGCUUCUUCUGGCAUUGGAAGGCCAAG